AUGUUUAAGAAUAUUAUUAGCUUUUAAAAGGGAAUUUAAAACUUUUCUUAUGCUUAGAGUUUUUUUAAAAAUAAUAAUUUGUACUUUUUCGCAAGUAAAAAGAAGGAAAAAAUUGUUAAGCUAAAUAGGCAUGUAGAGACACUAGAAGAUCAACUUCUGAAAAAGAAAAAGGAAGAGUUCCAGAAAGUAUAAAAAGCCAUUGUAGAAAAGAAUAAAAAUAAUAUAAAUAACAUUCCAUUUGAUGAACUAACCAUCAAAAUGAAGCAAGAAAAUAUUGCACUUUAAUAAUUAUAAGCUAAAAACAAUAAAAAUUAAACAUAGAUACCUUUAAAAGAGUAAUAAAAAGAUUAAACUAAAGAAGUUAAUAGUGAAGGAACCAUUUUUAAUGAGUCUUAACUGAAAAUUUUAGUUACAGAUAAAGAUAAAUACCUUGAUUUUGAAAAUCUCGAAUUUCCUUGGGAUUUCUAAGGCAUAAAUUAAUAAUAAAAAGAAUCUAAUCUUAAAAGUGCUAUUGAAAUAACCAAAAUAAUUAACGAAAAAACAGCAAUUAGUAUUUUAAAAUAAUUUUUACACUGCAUUGAAGAAUUCGAUUAUGAAUAGCUAGGUGAAUUUGUUGAAAGAAAAUUUUUACGUUAGCUUUCAAAGAGGUUGUAGGCUAUGUAACAGGAAAAAAUAAAAAUUUAAUUUGAUAAUAUUCGCACCAAAGAAAUAAAUGUAGAUUUGUUUAAAGUAUAAAACAUUUUUGGUGUUGGAGUUGAGUAGAAUCGUCGUAAGAACGAUGGCUCUUCCGCUUAUGUCAUUUUUGAUGAUUUCAUAUAGUAAUAAAUACCUGCUAAACAUAUAGUUAAAAAAAGAAUAGAACCUAAAGAGUUAGCUCGCAUAUAUGUCUAGCUACAUUUAAGUUUUGAAAGUGAUAUAUCUCUUUCUCUUAUAAAUACAGAAAAAGGAACUAAAAAAUAAGAUAAAAUAGCCAAAAAUGAGUCUACUAAAUAAUAUCAUACUAUGAUACUGGAAAAGUUGCUCGUUGAAUGCGAUUACAAGAGUAUUCGUAAUAAGGCACUCUCCUUAGAAAAUGCUACAAACUAAAUUGCUUCAUCAAGCAAUGUUAACGAUUAUAUAAAUGUUUCUAACAUGAAGAACUUUGCUUCAUUAAAUAACUUAAAAAUAAUAGAUUUUGAUGGUUUUAUGAAAGGCAAUCCUCUCGUUGUUGAUAACUUAGAUAUUGAUUGA